AUGUGAUCUCGGCCGACCUUUCUUCCGUUCCGUGCGUGGCUGAUGCGUGGCUGCGUCCGAGUGUGGCUGCAGCUUCAAAACCUGGUUAGUCAGGCAAGGCUACUGGACGUCACCGAACUGGUGUGGAGCUCGGCGACAUAGGUAGCAACAGCAACAGCCUCGACCAUCGCGACCGCUAUCAACGAGGCCUGCCACACUCAUCACGACGCAACGAUUACGCACUCUUGCUCCAUCGAACGCAUAGUCAAGAAUACAGGCCUCCGCCGCACAACGUCAAUAUGAAGCCCGUCGUUGGUGCCAUGCAAGCAUGGCAAUGCACUGUCAUCUCCGUUUUCGCGAUUGUCAUCCUCGGCGUCCUCGGCAUUCUUUUCAAGCAAAACCACCCCGAGCUCGUCGGCAGUGAGGAGGACCCCAAGGAUGGUAGCGCUGUUGCGGGCACCAUCUUCGUUUCUGUCAUGAUCUACGUCGGGUUCUUCGUUUUCUGCGGCCUGCAAGGCCUUCUCCACGUCCGGGAGAAUCGACGAGGCGCGAUCGCAUUGUAAUGAUACGAAAGGAGAAGGGUGGUUAUUGGAAUGUGCAGAGCAUGGCAUCAAAAACACAUUAUGGUUUUCCUGGCGUUUGGCAUCACGUUGUUGAAAUUUUGUAGGGCACAGCUCAGGCACCCGCCUCUGACUUCGACGGGCUUCCCGAGCCGAAUGAGAGGAAGGGGUUUAGUUCUGUUGAGGAGAGCUUUGGUUCAGAUCCCGAGCUUGUAGUUAUUAGCAUAUCGCUACGAAAGAGCAGAAGGGGGCUUGUUGUUGUUGUAUUGUUUGACGUCGGUGAGUUCUGUAGGCAUAGGGCGUUCGCGUCGU